AGCUCUUCUCGACUCAGCGCUACCGACGCAGCUUGCAAGAGGCAGAGAAAUGCGACGACGAGGCGAAUGCUGGCCAUUGUCAACGCUCCCGGUUUUUUUUCUCUCGAGGUGAAAGGACGCGUUAGGUUCCCCCCAACUACAACAAACUGUUUUCACGGUCCCGGGAACCGGAAGAGUUCCGUUGGAUAUCGACGGUUCACGUCGAAAAGUGCGAUACACGUCAGCCGCUCUAGGGUAUGCGUUGCGGCUCUUUGCUCGUUCGUGGUUGGCACGGGGGCCAUGGGAAAUGGUCCGAGCACGUCCGGAAACAGUCAGGUGCAAAGGCGUCGGAGCCCGGAGUUUCGUUUCCCAUUCUUCUACCAGCAGGGAUACAGAAGUGGACAGUACUUGAUGAGGCUGUCCGAGCAUGGACUGGGUGUUGUUAUGGUGCCUCCGCAAGUUCAUCAAAAGGCCAUCACUAUCCGAAACGAUGUGAACUUGAAGAGGGGAACUCUGCGGCUGGAGGAGGAUAAAGAAAACGCGGGGAAGCACUUGGUGUCGUUUUUAUUCGAUGCAGCCGUUCCUGGGAGCGCUUCGAUCCUGUUUCUCGCUGGCGCCGGCCCGAACUUUAGCCUUGUUCCUCUGAAGCCGCAUUUGUUUCGGCCUCAGCGUGUCACCUUUGACAAGGGACUGGGACAGAGGUUUUGUCAGCUUCCAGGAUCAGGUGUCAAUCUCUCUCUCUUUGAGGCUGACGACUUAUCCAAGGACGGGAAAGAUGAAGUUUUCUCUUUGGUUGUCAGACUGGAGUCGAUGCCAAAGGAGCAGUCGAGCGAUGCCUCGUUACCAGUCGGUGGCCCUCUGCCGCGGAGUAUACACGCACAGACAACGUACGUUCUUUUGGAACGGAAGGCUAGCGGUCAAUAUGGAGUUCGAGUGUUGAAGCAGAUCAUCUGGGUUGAAGGAACACGCUACGAGCUUCAGGAGAUAUAUGGUGUUGGAAACACCGGUGACGGACAUCCUGACAAACACGCAGGCAGGGAAUGCGUCAUUUGUCUCACAAACCGUCGAGACACAGCGUUGCUACCUUGCAGGCACAUGUGUAUGUGUUCCGAAUGCGCCAGGAUUUUGCGAUUCCAAACGCAGCGGUGCCCGAUUUGCCGUUGUGUAGUUGACAAGCUCUUGGAAAUAAAAGCUCCAAGAGCCGAGGACGAUGACUUGGAGAAUAGACUCGACUAGCUCGGAUUUUCUACGAGAGCUUUUCUGUGCUCUACUCAGGCAUGGGCUCGUGUAUCGUCCGUGCUGCAAAUGUUGCCGCGUCCUGGAGGAGGAGGUAGUGCCCGCCUUACAGGUGGCGGCGGUGUUCCGGCUACAGGCGGUGGAGGAGCUUGGAGAACUGGACUUGGUGUCGAUGGCGAAGGGGCCAGGGAAGGCAAACGCGUCACCAGAUGUCCAUCUUCAGAACCAGGAAAUUCAACCAAUGCUGGAGAGCGUGGAGCUUCUACAGGAUGAGUAACAGCUUCUAGAGUCCGUGGAGAAUGGAAGUAUUCGGGAAAAUGGAAGUCAUGAGGUGACGGGGAA